GAUCAGCCUUGCCAAGCCAAGCCAAGCUAAACAGUGAAACUGAAAGUUUUGUCGUUUUGUUACUUGUGUUGUUUUUGUUUUGUUUUCGUCUUGGUUGUAGUGUGAUUGUUUCGUGUUGUCUUAAUUCAUGGGCUCCAAGUGAACUUCCAAACACGCGUAGGACAUGGUUCGUUGUCACAAACUUGGGCGUCUCCCAUCUGCACGGAUCGUCCAGCAAGCGAUGAACUUGGCAUCAAACCCCCGAACGAAGACAUGACCUACCCGCGGGACGAUCGACGGCCUGACAUCCCACCAACAUCAUCGACGCACUGAAACAACAAAACAUCAAAAGCUAUCCGUUCAAAUCUCCCAAAAAUGCGCGUGAUUACCCGUGUGCUAGCGUUCCUGCUGGCCUCGAUCUCUGGCGUUUUCGUAGCGCUCAUGACUCUCCAGUAUGACGCGCUCUUGAGUGACCAGAGUGCGCGAACAACCCCGGUGAGCUACGAGCUCCGGACUCCGAGCUACGCGUCGUGGCUAUCCGAAUUGGGCAUUCAGCGCGACUGCAGUCCGGACGCUUCUGCGAGUAGCGCCGACUCCGUCAGCGAGGCGGAGUUCCUGUAUCGACAGGUGCCCGUCCUGUGCCUCGUCCAGGCCAAGACGCGGCAACAGGUUCGGGCGGUCUACAACAACUGGGGCCGACACUGCAACCGCCUGGUGUUCUUUGGCAGCAUACAGGAUCCAUAUGUUCCGGUCCACCAAAUCCCGCUCUCCGUGGCGGAUGCUCAAGUCACCUGCUUGGUUCUGCGCCAUGUCCUGCACAAGUACGGCGGCGAGUUUUCCUGGGUGCUCCUGGUGGACGAUGAGACCUUUGCCAUCGUCGAGAACCUCCGCUUCUACGUGGCGCCGCUCAACUCGAGUGCCGUCUACUACCUGGGACACCCGGUACAGGAGACGUCCGGCGGCUUCUACAACUCGAUGGCGGGCGGCAUCGUGCUGAGCGAGGGCGCCGUCCGGAGCCUGUCAAGGACGAUGGGUCGGCGCUGCGACCGGCUGGGCAAGACGAGCGUGGCCAUGGACCGCUACGUCGGGAAGCUGCUGCUGCAAGGCCCCUCCGGCGGCGGCCCCCUGAGGCCGGUGGAUACGAGGGACCCCCUGGCGAGGGGCCGCUUCAACCCCUUCAGCGUCGAGAAGAUGCUGAUGCCGGGCUCCAUCUCCUACUUCAACUCGUACUGGAGGAGCAGCCUCUUCCUCAGCCAGGAGGGUGGCCAUUGCUGUAGCCGGCGAGCGGUGACCUUUCACGGCGUCAACCCGGUCGAGAUGUUCCUCUUUGAGUACCUUGCCCAUCAGCUGCAGCCGCCGGUCAAGCCUGGCACGGUCAGGCAGCCGCCCACAAACUCGCCGCCCAACGGGGCUCCCAUGGAGCUGAGCAGCGUGCUCAGCGGCAAGGCCUUCAUCAGGCCCUUUGGCAUCGGCAAGACCACCUUCUUGUGACGGUAGACGGAUUGCGGUCGUUGCCCCUGGGAACAUCUUUUUUUAUGUCGUGGCAACACAAUGGGCGGCAAGGAUGUGGUGAGCGGAACACGUCUCUGACAGGCGCGUUUGGCAACCUGUUCCGUCCCCGCAUCGACGGUGGUCCCGAAGUGGCAACAAAAGGCGUCCCCAGAACCGGAGUGUCACGCUAGAUGUUUACCGAGGAGCCAGGGUCCAAAUGUAGAAAAGAUCAAAUGUUUUCUUGCUUUUAUUUGAAUAUGUCUUAUUUUGGGCUUUGCUUAUCGAGUGAAAACAUAAAAAAAGAUUGGUUUAGCUUUCCUACAACCUUAUAGAAAGCUAAAAUAGGAGAUUGCAUUGAGCUGUAGCAAUGUGUACCUUUUUAUAUCCUGACCCGACUUUUACUCUAAUUUAUAAUGGAGUGCAAAAUGCCAGUGUCCAUUGUAAUGUGAGGGUGCGUUUUCCGAUUGUUUUUCUAUGCGAGUGCGAAUGAGCGUCUAGAACAAAUAUACUACAUGUAUACACAUUCAUUAUGCAAUCAAGGUGAUUGGAAACUUGUGCCACAUGAUCUUACCCUUUUCCAUGAAACAUCACAAAGUGCCUUCUUUAAACUUGUAUCGGUUAUUCACAUGCGAUGAAGUGCAAGUGAGUUGGCCUUUUUUUUUAUUAUCGUGUACACUGAAUGACUCUGUACGCUCGAACGUGACUUCUGUGCUUUUUUGCUUUUUGUUUCGAAAGGGUACUUGUGGGCAUCAAGAUUCACCACUUAAGCUAGUACCCCAACUGAGCCGUUUUUGCCUCUAUAGUAGUUUUACUAACAAUCCUUCAAUAAGCAAAAAAGAAAAAAAAAGAAAACCGGGGACGGUUUGUUAAGUAAAAAAGAAAACCGGGGACGGUUUGUUUGUUUCAUCAGUGUAGUGGAGUGUACUCAAGGUGUGGCUACACCAGGUUGUGAAACUAAUAAUAACUAAACUAUGUCAUGAACCAACCUUGGAAUUCAACCCAAGGUUCUUGAAACAACAGUCAUACUUUCACUUUAAAUGUGAGCAUAGCAGAAUUAAGCUAUGAGAGUAACCUCCGGGCUUUCAGCGGCUCUGCCAAGCAUGCCUGCUUGUGCAGUGCAAACAUUGAAUGAAACAAAUUAUAGCUAUAGCAUACGUAUUCAUGUUUUCAUGACAAUGUCUCGGACGAGUUAAUCUGUGCAAUGCAUUCUAUCUGGAGUGGGAUCUGCUAAAAGAUGCUAAUGAACAUUAUUUAGAAGUGUUCCCCGUCAGUUUUUAGAACAACCACAAUGCUUGCAAGCUCUUGUAUUAUCAUACACUGUUUACAUGUGGUGCAUCCUCGAGUGUGCGAGCACUUCAGCUGCUGGGUUGUCUUAUCGAGUAGUACCAUUUUAAGACAACCACGUCUCUGUCGUUUCACAUUUAUAUACUGUCUGUGCACAUCAGCCCAAAGCACAUUGUCAAUGCUUGCUUGAUGCAAGCAGUGCUUUGGGUAGGCACGUACAAAAGGGGCCAUGAAACAAAUUUUGAGGUGGAGUUUUGUUAGGUGUAUCUUGCAUAGUCCAAAAUGUGUAUUGAAACAUGGCGGUUUUCAAUUGGGAGCCGUAUGUUUACCGAGUAGUCCGGGAAACAAAAAGUUAACUAUUUCACAGUCUUACAAUCGUCUGAACAUCUGGAAGCUUGAAAAGGCAUUUCACUUUGUUGAAAAAGCAGAUUGUUCACAUCUCCAGUAAGGCCACCUUACAGCAAGGGGGACUUAGACACCCUUUCUUUUUGUGAUACAAGCGGAAAGGCCUUGGUCAGAAUGUCUUGCUCACAAUCUUGUUGCCUGAUGAAAUUGUACUCUCAUUAAUUCAAACUCUCUUAAUUCAAACUUGCAUAUAAUUCAAACUAAAAUGCAGGUCCCAUCCUAUGUGUCUCUAUGGGAGGAAACUCCAGAUAAAUCAAACUGCUGUACUCAAACAAAUUUUUGGCCCUCCUCAAGUUUGAAUUAAUGAGAUUCAACUGUAUACCCGUUUUCACCUCAAGAACCAGAUUAAAAAAAGUCUGGCUUCUUGUGGAACAUUACUGAUUUCUCCCUUUAUGUAGAGAAUUAAGAUAAAUGUAUGUGAAUUGUAGAUUAGAUAUAUGUUCUCUUAUUAAGGCACACAUUCCAAACGCCAAAACCAUCGCUUUUUCCUCUGACAACCAAAUCCCGUUGGAACUACUUUGCGCUGCGUAUGGAGAAUGCUCAAAACUUACUUUUUUUUAGGUGAAACCGGGUAUGGAGAUGUGCAAAUACUGGUUCCAAUUAAACCCCUAGCUUGAACACUGCAAAGGGAGCCGGUUUAUUGUGGGUUCCCAUAGAACUGUGAAGCCAUGAAUGAUGCAAAGCUACAGUCGAGCCCGGUUAUAUCACACCCGGGUAUUUAGAAUUAUUGUUUAUAUCGAACAGUCCAAACAUCCCCUUGAAAAUCACAUGUAAAAGUGUAGGAGCGUUGUUUUUCUGCAUGGAACUCCUAUAGCCUCCCAUGGCGGGGUCACUCGAUAUAGCGAUAUAGCCGCCGGUCGCUUUUCCCGCGGUCAGAUUGCGCCGGCGGCACCUAGCGUUGCGGGGCUGGCAGGCCGCCAAUCCAGCGCACAAAACAAAAAAAGUUGUAAAAAAGAAAAAAAAAAAAAAGUGGAAGAUGGGAGGGGGAGCAGGGAGUGUCCAAGCGCCCGAACGGUAGCGUGCACUCUUUCCCCAAACACCGCCCACUGUCGCUUGUGUCACUGCGCAACUUCUUAACCCCCCCCCAAAAAAAAAAAGUCUUCGUCAAGUUGAGUGUGUCGACAACUACAGCCGAGUAAUCACACUUUGGAUGCCUUAUCUUUGCUUACCUUUUUUGCUUUGCCCGUUUUUUUUUCUGCUGCCUCAAUUUAGUGGUUUCUUUUUCUUGCUUGCUUAACUUUACUCUAUGGAUGGAGUUCUUUGUUACGCAGCUCGCUUUUUCCGUUCUUUAAUUUUUUUUUAUUAUUUUCGAGUUUUGUUGUUGGCGCUCGAUGUAAACACUGUUGCGUAAACGCCGCGGUGUUUGUGAUCUUUACGAACUACGCUUUACUGUAUUUAGCGGCUCUUAGAGGCUCUAUUUGGAAAGGUCCCAUUUGUCGCGGCCUUCGGUAUUAGCAGACACGCGGAAAUUUCAACUGGAGCUUAAGUUAACAUAUUUUUGUAUAUCAAAUUAUCGAUAUAUUGAAUUAUUUUUUGAUCCCCUUCGAAUUCAAUAUAUCCGGGUUCGACUGUAUUCGCCUCCCCUACACACAGCCUUCCUUUCCUGCACGAAGUUGAGCGAGAAAGCGGUUAAUGCCUUUCCCUGAAAAAAUAGUGUAGUGUGAAAAGUUUACGACACAUAUUCCAUGCUCAGUGGAGAUCGAAGCUCUAUUCGGAGCAUUUACGUACCCAAGUUCAAAUUACUUCACGAUUCUGUGAGCAGUGACGUGCCUCGAUGAACAAUGUUUGUAAGCAGAGUCCAUUUUAUUAUCGUCAUUCGUUGUUUCAUGUGAACUGCGAGUGUCUUACAAAUACCGCCAAUGCCUUAACCCGUGUGGACCAAGAAGCCUCCAUUUGUGCGGCAAUGUUCUGCCUUGUCCGUUUGCACUGCCUACCUUAACGCAAGUCCAUUUCCGUAGGCAGUGCAAGAAAUUUCUUAGUGCACGAAAUUAAAAAAAAAAAGGGAACAAACAGUAGUGCAAACCUCAGCAGUCGUACUGCUUUGCUUGCACAAACAAUCUCGGGUGCGAUUUUUAUGUGCACGCACAUGAUUGAACUAAUUUUGAGUUCCUAUUGUACUACAUACAAAGCUCGUCGAGUGUUAGUGUUGCCUAAUCCCACUCCAAAUGGUCUGCCUUGAAUGACAGCAGAGGCACCCCUGUUCCCUUUGGCAUUGUUACAAUAAACCGUUGAAGUCGUCUCUGAAAUAUGUUGGCAAUGAUGCCCCAACUGGUGCAGUCCAGCUCGUAGCCACGCAUGGCUCACAUAUGCAUAGUGUUGAAACUUGGCAAGUACCAUUUCUAUUACUAUAGUCAUUGACAAAUUAAGUAAUGCUUAAUUAAGACGCUUAUUAUGUUCAUGCUUUGUUUUUUGGAAUUUUUACUGGAUAAUGCCCCAAUCCCAUUGACUGCAGAGCAACAAGACGCCUGUUUUUCUUAGGCUGUCGACAACCGUAUUAAUUGCCAUUUAUUUUUUUUUUAAUUUCCAGCAAGUUUUUGCACUAUAUACCCACCUGAAACUGUGUUCGCAAUUUGUAUGUCUGUCAUUUCCCUCAAGUAACAACGAAAUAAUUGUUCAAAGAUUUUGGCUGUGAAUCACACACCAAGAGCAAACUGUGCCGACGUCAUUGCAUAGCAUCCUCUGCGGAAUAACAGAGACCUCUGCAGGACGAAAGCACUAAUUAAAGCUUUCUUUUUUGCGUUUUCUGGGAUGGCCUUCCUUUUUUUCCUUUGCACGAGUAAUUUGACCACAAGCACAACACAUCACCCAACUAGGUAUACUUUAAUUAGUCAGCCACUCAUAAGCGAGCAAUACCAUAGAAGGUCCACACGUAGAGUCGAAACGUAGCUUCUGUCCAGAGUGAAAGCAAAACAGCACCUUUUCCCCUCCGAACAUUGAAGAAACGUCAUUCCAAACAACAAAUUUUCAUUUUAGCCUCUUUAAAAUUUUGGAUGCGGAAAGCAGCCGAGAAGCUUUGAGUACAUGGCUUGCACUGGUGUCACAUUGGCGACCAUUGUAGUGCACUUUCUGCCAAGCUUGUACCUUCAGCAAAAAAAAAAAAAAAAACCAGUUUGCACCAUUGAAUCAGCUUCUCUUGGCAAGAACAAAUAGGAACGAGCCGAAAUGACCGCCAGCGUACUGCGAUGAUGUCGCACGCGAACCAUGUGUGGGACAGUCUGGAGGUUGAGAUUUAGUCGCACAAGGAAAUGGACAACCAUCUAUCAUUGCGAAUGACUUGCUUUGCGCGAUUCCCCAAUGGUAACUUUUUCGAAAAAAAAGUCGACAACACACUACUAGUAAGUUUUCCCAAGUUUGGCGAUCGUGCAAAUAGUCUUCGCACUUUUGGAAUACAGUAGUUUGACUUUUGCCAACUCUGUAUACUCUCGGGGAAAUAUUAGUCUGAAGUGCACGUCGGAUAAUCGGGCAAACACUGGAUAGCUCCAAGAAAACCACGGUAGCCAUUUACCAUAGAAUACCGCGCAUCCGCCCAUUCCACAGUAACCAGCCAUUCCCAAAUUUGCAAGAUCUCAGAAAAUAUGCACAAUACAUUUAUACGUAAAACUGAUGACCACGCAAGCGCCCAUCCUCCAUUUUUUUUGCAAUCGUCUCCAAAUUUUGAGUGGGCGCUUGCCCGGUAUUUUGCAGUAGUACAUAUAGUUCCACCGAGUCGAGUGCAUUGGUUUGUCGAUAGUAAAGAGCUUCCCACGAAGGGCAGAAAACGGCUUUACUCCACAUGAUUGAAUUAUCUAAAUUGUUUUUUUUUUAAGCCCUUAGUGUACAUUAUUUUCCAAAUAUGGCGACACACCUCGACGCCCAGGUACUAACAAGCCUGUAGUGCUGGGUUUUCUAUGUUGCUUACCAGAGGUCCGAGAGGGGCACAGAUAAACACGGGUGCAGUCGGCGUUUGGAUGGAACACUCUUUCAUUCAGCGAGAACACGAAUUACAGCCGAACACCGACGAGUCACUCGUAUUCAAUCUCUGGCCCACUCUGGCCUUCGGCAGGAGACAAAGAAUUGCACUACGUCCGCGUCAUCUAGCAGGCAUUGCUUACCCAACGUGGUCGGUAGAGUAGAAGACGACAUUCGCGUAAUUUACGCGAUACUACUAGUAGCUCUCCGAGACUGAACUAGGCAUUCACAGUUGUGGCUGAACCUGCUCGUCUAUUUACAGGGCCAUUAAAUCAUGACAACACCAUUUGGUUAGUUAAGAAAGACAUUGGGAAUGGCAAGGAGUAAACUAUACUAGCCAAAGGUGCCCUAGUUUCGUGGCAGUGUUUCAGAAAGAUGCUGGGCAACACUUGCAAAAGUUGAGCCAUGGCUGCCAAGAAAUGUGAACUCCAAUUCAUUCAAACGCAGUUAAAGAAGAAGAAAGAAAAAAAAAAAAAAAAAAAAAAAAAAAAAACUUGGCAAUUUGCAGUGGUACAACUUCCCAAGAAUAUGCAUCAUUUGAAGGACACAUUGGUCGUGUCCUGUAAUAAAAGCAAAUUCACUUGUAACCGCCGGACAGCGAAACUAGAUGGAUCUAACCUUUGGUGAGGCCUCCGAACGCUGGUUCACACAUUUGUCUUCAAGAGUGAUCGAGUGCAUUGCAACCCAGUGGCACCAUUUUGACUAAGUUAAAAGGAAUAAUUUCUCGAAGUGUAGACUUGAUCUCUUCAAUACUGGAAAGCUUUUGGUCCAGUUAUACGUAGAUUGGAAAUGUGCCAGCACAACCCAAGAGAUGCCUCUAAUAUGUUCUCUUGUAAGCAGUUACGAUGCAGUAGACCACACUAAAACGCGAACGAGUGAACCGGCUUUUAUUUACGGGAGAAAACUAAAUGUCGACAGCAAAUCCACUCGUCGAAACCUAAAAUUUAAUCCACUUUUAAUGGCACACGUUCAUCGGGUGAUGACGUGCAAUACACCAGGAGAAUACAGUAAGAAAAAGAGAGGGGGAGCUAGAUUGCUUUCUUGGCAGAGGACAAAGCACACAACCACACUUCAGAGUUUGUUAAACCACAGACACCAAGAUCAACUCUGAAUCUCGACAUUUAACUAAAAAUAUAAAGGAAAUGUCGAGAGUAGAGCUAUACACAGACAUGUACUCCCCUUAGUUACCCUUAAGACUCGAAACGGCCCAAAGGCGGCCCAACAACGCGCAACUCAACCAUGCAAUCAAACGAGACCUUGAAGAGCUUCUCCAGUUGCGCAACUCAACCAUGCAGUCGAACGAGACCUCGAAGAGCUUCUCCAGUUGCGCUACUCAACCAUGCAACCCUUUGCGGCAAUGCCCUGAAGGACGCGAAAACAGCCAGCAGCGAGAUAACAGAGUUGCCGCCAUUCCCGUUUUCAGGAGCACAGGACUAUAGGCUCGGGUGGUGUGAAGUUACGGUUGUGGCGACUGUACUUGAUAUGGCAUGCCCUCCGAAUUAAAGAAAAAAAGAAAUGACUACUCAAGGUGGGAGGGACGGCUACUAAUCUCUCGCAUUCUGCGAAGACAAAGACGAAAACUUGCACCAAAGGAAAGGCCGUGGUGGAAGUGGACAUCUUUCGCGAUUGGGCGAAAAAACUGGAGACUGGGUGGACAAUCUUUUAACAAGAGCCUUAGGCAGUAGGAGUUUGUUCAAACAUUGCACUAUUCACUUUGUGGAGAUAGUUUUGAAACACUUUAAUGAGAAAAAAAAAAGACCGAUAGAUCCAUGCACUGACCACUUUGCAUCGUUAGGCUUCAAGCGAGUUACGACAAAA